GUUUCUUCUGCUAGUUCAGUGUGGAUGCUGCUAAGCGCGUGGGACUUGGUCUCAAGUCGUCGCAGGCUAAAGAAGUUCAGAUCAAGGCGAGGGAGAGAGAGGGGAGUAGCCUCUCGACCUCCAGAAAUCAUCAUCUGACUAGCUCUGCGCUUCGAUGGAUUAGCUGACGAAAGAAGACCCUUGUUCUGAUUUACAGGGUUUUCAUCACAUUAUUUCGCCAUCUGCUGCAAUAAUACUUAUAACUACAAGCUCAAGUCAAGCCCCCACGAGCACAAAUGGCAGAGGCUGUAAUGCUUGUGGUCUCAAAGAUUGGCUCCGUUUUAUUAGAGGAAAUCACCUUCACAGUGAUAAGCAAGCUAUCUGAAAAGAUUACUAAUCUGAAGGAAUUGCCGGUCAAGGUUAAGGAAAUAGGGAAAGAACUGAACAUGAUGAACACUUUUAUAAAAAGGAUAAGUACAACCGAUCUUACAGAUGAUGUCAAGGCCUGGAUUGCUGAGGUGCGAGAGCUGGCCCACUGUGUUGAGGAUGUACUUGAUAAAUAUUCAUAUCAUGCUCUUAAAUUGGAUGAAGAAAAUGCUGUGAAACAAAUCUUCACCAAAGCUAAUUAUAUCAAAGUUUUCAGCGAAAUUGCUGAUGAGAUUACCCAGAUCGAGGGGAAAAUUGAGAAUGCUGUAAAGCGGAAAGAUCGGUGGCUGCAACUGUCUGAGCUUACACCCUACCCACUGGCUGAUGUUCAAAGAAAACAAUCUCGAGAUUGUCUACUGGAACUUGUUCAAGAUGAUCUUGUUGGUAUUGAAGAUAACAGGAAACAAUUGACCAAAUGGUUGUACUCCGAUGAGCAAGGCAGCACAGUGAUAACAGUAUCUGGUAUGGGUGGACUUGGAAAAACCACCCUGGUUGCAAAUGUAUACGAGCAAGAAAAGAUGAACUUCAACGUUUAUCAUUGGAUUGUCGUGUCACAAAAAUAUGACAUAGCUGAAUUGCUGAGAAAAAUGUUGAGAAAAUGUUGGUCUCUAGAACAUACACAGCUAGCAGAUUUGGACGCUCAUGACUUGAAAAGUGCCAUAAAGGAAAGAUUAAAAGAUAGUAAAUGUUUGGUUGUAUUGGAUGAUGUCUGGAACCGAGAAGUAUACACUCAGAUAGGGGAUGCAUUCCAGAACCAAAAAGCAAGUCGCAUAAUCAUCACAACACGACAGGACCAGGUAGCAUCUUUAGCAAACAUAACACGGCAACUCAAACUCCUGCCAUUGAAGCACAAUGAUGCAUUUGAUCUCUUAUGUAGAAAGGCUUUCAAUGCCAGCAUGGGCUGCAAGUGCCCGCAGGAGCUUGAGAAACUGGCUGAUGAUAUAGUAGAUAGGUGCCAAGGACUGCCACUAGCAAUCGUAUCUAUAGGUGGCCUGUUGUCUUCAAUGCCGCCAACGAAAUAUGUCUGGAAUGAAACAUACAAGCAACUACGAAGUGAUCUAGCAAACAACAAUCAUGUUCAAGCAAUUCUAAAUCUGAGCUACCAGGACUUACUAGGAGAACUUAGAAACUGCUUCUUGUAUUGUAGUUUGUUCCCUGAAGAUCAUGAGUUGUCACGGGAGACCCUUGUACGGUUGUGGGUUGCAGAAGGCUUUGCAGUGCAAAAAGAACAUAACACACCAGAGGAGGUGGCCGAAAGAUAUCUUCGGGAACUGAUACAACGGAAUAUGCUAGAAGUUCUGGAAUAUGAUGAGCUAGGCAGGGUUAGUAAGUGUAAGAUGCAUGAUCUCGUACGGGACCUUGCUCUUUCUAUUGCUAAAGAGGAGAAGUUCGGUUACGCAAAUGAUUUUGGCACCAUGGUAAAGACAAACAGGGAAGUUCGCCGCCUGUCAUCAUGUGGAUGGAAAGACAAAACUAUGUUGAAAGUUAAGUUCCUGCGUCUUAGGACCCUAGUGGCACUUGGAAUUACAACAUCCUCCCCUCAGAUGUUAUCCUCAAUUUUGUCUGAAUCCAGCUACCUUACUGUUCUCGAGCUACAAGACUCUGAAAUAACUGAAGUGCCGGCAUCCAUAGGAAAUUUGUUUAAUCUACGUUAUAUUGGCCUGCAACGCACUAGAGUCAAGUCACUUCCAGAGUCUAUUGGGAACCUGUCCAGCCUCCACACUCUCAACAUCAAACAAACCAAAAUACAAAAGCUACCACGAGGCAUCGUUAAGGUCAAGAAGUUGCGGCACCUUCUAGCUGACAGAUAUGAGGAUGAAAAUAAGUCAGAGUUCCGGUAUUUUAUUGGAGUGCAAGCACCUAAAGAGCUAUCCAAUCUGGAAGAACUCCAGACCCUUGAGACAGUGGAAGCCAGCAAGGACCUGGCUGAGCAGCUGAAGAAACUUAUGCAACUACGGAGCGUGUGGAUUGACAACAUAAGUGCUGCUGACUGUGCAAAUCUUUUUGCUACACUAUCAAAGAUGCCGCUUCUUUCUAGCUUGCUUCUAUCCGCAAGUCACGAGAAGGAGACACUUUGCUUGGAAAAUCUCAAGCCAAGUUCGGAAAAUCUCCAUAGGUUGAUUAUCAGAGGGUGCUGGGCAGCUGGGACACUACAGUCCCCAAUAUUUCGUGACCAUGGGAAAUUUCUCAAGUAUCUGGCCAUAAGCUGGUGCCAUCUUCAGGAAGAUUCUCUACUCCUCCUAGCACCACAUGUGCCAAACCUCACCUAUCUUAAACUUAACAGGGUGAGUAGUGCAAGCAGCUUGGUUCUUUCUGCAGGUUGCUUCCCACAGCUGAAGACGCUCGCCUUGAAGCGUAUGCCUGAUGUAAACCACUUGGAGAUCAUAGGCGGUGCCCUCCAGCAUAUUGAAGGUUUAUAUGUAGUGUCACUCCCAAAGCUGGACACUAUCCCUGAAGGCAUUGAGUCCCUUAGGUACCUGAAGAAGCUGUGGCUUUUGGGUCUGCAUAAGAAUUUCAGAUCUCAGUGGGAAAAAAAUGGAAUGCAACAAAAGAUGCAACAUGUUCCAGAGUUGCGUGUCAAGGACUAGAAACUUGCUUGUUUUUGCCGUAAUAUCUGUCUGGUGAGUCUGUGUUCAGCCACACUCCAACAAAUGAUCAGUUUAUGACAGAUGAGCUAGCUGCACCACUACAUCACAACCUCAUUAUUGGAAAUAAGUCCUGAAAUAUUGGCUAUCCUAGCCAUCAGGGAACUCAUUUGUCAUAUUUUCUAUUGUAGUUUUAUUUCUUCACAACUUUGCAGAAUUUAUGAAACCAGUCCUUUCAUUGUUGAACAUAUGACAUUUGGUGUAGUACCAAUUGAAAUGGUGGCACCAUCACAAAUUCACAAUA